AUGACACAGCAUGGGCAGGAGGCAGUCGGCCUUUCUGGAUUGGUGAGUCAACCGAGGCAGAGAUUUCGGGGCGUCCCGCUCGAGCCCACCGUGCACUUUGUGCAGCUAGCCUUGCCCACGCUGCCCGGCAUGUCAGGAUCUCCUGUUUUGAACAUGAAUGGCGAGGUCUGCGCCAUGGUGGCUAAGAAAUUUGAGGAGCAUGGGCUGGCAAUACCAGCAGAAAGGGUUCGCUGCGUGGUGGAAUGCCUGGAGGCUGGAUACCCCUGGCGCUUGCCAGUUCUUGGAAUGGAGGUGAAGGUUGGAGGGACUUUGACUUCGCCUGCUGUGGUGGUAAAGUCCCUCCAAGCAUCCAGCGCUGCUGCAGUAGCUGGGAUCCAGGUUGGUGAUGAGAUCCUCGCCAUCAACGGCACCCCUGUGGGCUCCUUGCUGGAGAUGCGGGAGGUGCUGCUGCAACUGGGGGACACACGCCAGAAGUCGAGACUGCGACUUCGAGUGAGGCGCUCUGGCUGUAGCCUGGAUUUUCACCUGGAUGCACCCAGAGCUCCUUCUGGGCCUCAGGAUGUCUUUGCCAUUCAGCUUUCUGAGUGA